CAACUUCUCCAUUCUCAUGCUUUCCUUUCAGUUAGUCACUUAUCGACUAAUUAUUCGCGACGUUCACCAGGACUAUCUGGAUCAGCACUGACGUCGUGUGAACAUCCUGGUGUGCCUAAUGUGUCUGUGAUAACUCUGCGUAUUCAAGCCCAUUACCAAGUGAUAAUUUGAUCUGCAACUAAAGUCACAAAUCGAGCGCUCAACUGUAUUCGAAAGUGCAGCCUGACUCCUUACUUGUCUAUCGAUACGACAUCGAUCGACACAUCUCUUCUGCUGAUUAGCUAGUUGGAACCGUCAUUGAAAAUCUUGUGCUCGAUGACCAUGGCACAUGUGGACAACGAUCAACGUCCGAUGUCGAAUGGAUGCGAGAAUAAUCACGACACCAUGGUUGAACCGAUGGAUUUGAGUGCACCGAUGCCAAACGGAACGCCGUCCAAAUCGACGGUCGAGUUUGCGGAUGGCCAAUUGUCUCCGGCGUCAUUGCGACGUCGCAGCACCCGCGCCAGUGCGCUCAAAGCGCAAGAGAAAAUCAAACAUAAAGAUGAUUUUCUUAUGGCGGCAACUGUUGAAAAGGAGGAGAUGGAAGAGACUGGUGAGUCGUCGCCUAAAAAGCGCAAACUAUACGAUGGAUCCUGUUUCGACCAGUUUAGCCACAAGUUUGGGCUACGGGAACAAAAUGGCAAUGUGUACCCUCUAACAGACGAGAGUGAGGUAUCCUCAUUACAUGACAGUGAAGUUAUCACGCUCAAGGCCAGUUAUGAUAGGCUGGUUAGCAAAGAGCUCACCCCCGAACAACGACAUGAGCGAACGCUUAUGAUCAAACAAUGCGAGGCGGAGUUACGACUAGAAGAAGCAAAGUUAACGAUGCUGAAGAAAAUCAAAGCUAGCCAGAUGUUGGCUACGCAGAAGCUUCAUGAGGCAAAGAAAGCCACUCCGCACAUGUCGCUGAACAACGCUGGCGGCGCAUACAAGCCUUUGGUUGCUCCGCCGUUGCAUAAAACUGCUUCUGCUCCGGCGAACGGAAAAAGUGGUUCAGUCGGUUCAUCGCGGCCUAAUCCCGUGCUUGGACUAGCAGGACUUACCCCGCAGCAACAGCAAGAGCUUCUCCGAAGUGCGCAAGCGAACCCAGCCGCGCUGCAAGCGCUCCUUAUGCAAGCAGCAAAAAGCGGUCAGUCACCUGCUCAAGCACUGGCGGCACUAUUCGCCAACCAUGCGUCGACAUCAUCACAAGCAGCCUCAUUGGCUCAACAACUUAAGGAGCAACGUGCCAAAGAGGAACAACUGCUCAAGGAGCAGGCUGCUGCCACACAAGCGAAUAAUGCAGCACAGCAGGCUAAGCUUCUCGCUGCACAGACGCCUCAACAGCGUGCUGCCACAGCUCGGCAGGCGUUCCGAAUGCAAGCGGAUAAGCAGCUCAUGCAGCAAAUAUCUGCACCAAAAGCUCCGCCGAUCGACUUGUUUUUCAUACCAAACGGGUCGCAACCGGACUUCUGCUACCUCGUCGGCCUGGAUCUCGUCGUUCAACGGGUACUUAAAGAUAAGAACGUGUACAGGAGUGUCAGCGAGGUUCCCUACGAAUGCGAAGAAUGUGGCACUGAUUUUACGCCGUCAUGGAAAGCCAUAGGAACAUCAGCCAACGAUAUGCACUUGUACUGCGAACAAUGUGUUCGUUCCGCACAAAAACGAAAAAUACGCACGGAUCACAGCAAUGUGCUGAAGAAGGCUUAUAAUAAAAUCAAUAGCCAAGAAAAAGAGUUUGAGAAGCAAAUUGCUGAUGGAAAAUUGGAAGCGGCUUUGGCAGCUGCAGCACAGGCUCAUGCAGCCGCAGCAGCAGCCGCUGCAGCGGCAUCGUCCAGUUGCGCAUCCACCAGUCAAGCCCAGAAUUUGAGCACGAAAAUGCCAAACUUGUCUGCUUCGCAACAGCGUAGUGGUACAAGCACGCCUACUGUGCGGAAAGCUGCCACCCCGGUCCCUCAGUCUUCCACACCUCUGACGAAAGUAGGCUCAUCGUCUUCAUCGAACACGCCUGCUAUGAAGAAGUCAAAUAGCUCUCCUGGAUUAAGUAUGGCCGCUAUGCAACAGCAAAUGGCAGCAAUGCAGCAAUUGGUGCGAGCCAAUCCGAUGAUGGCAAUGGCGGCUAGCCAAAUGGCCGGAGCUGCUGCAGCCGCUGGAAAUCCUAUGGCGAGUAUGAUGCAGCAGAUGUGGAAUCCCAUGAUGCUACAAGCAGCCGCCACUCAAAUGCGUUUACAACAACAACAAGCACAACAUCAGGCGAAUCAGCCCAACAUGGCCAUGACUAUGCUUGCUCAAGCUGUACAACAUGCUCAGUCAUCAGGUCUGACUGGACAGAAUAAUAAUCCCCUCGCCCAACUUGCUGCGGCCGCAGCGAUGAACCCUGCAUUGAUGAGCAAUCCUCAGUUGCUACGACAAAUCCAGCAGAUGCAAAGUCGCGGCCUGAUUGAGUCACUUCGAGGGAAGAAAUAAUUUCUAAGAGACUACAUUGCCAACCUAUAACGUCAACACUUGUGGGAAGGGUAUGAGAAAGUCACGAUAACGUGAAAUUACCUUGUCGAAAAUUUGAAUCACCGAUGUUGACGUGCUAAUUUCAUUGUUGAUGUUUUUUGUUAGUUAUGUUGAGCUUUCUCCCUCGUUAUCGAUUGGUAUAUGCGUUUCUCAAAGAUUACCUCCUCAAUUCUUUGUCUCUACCCUGCAUCACAACCAUUCUUUCUUCUCCUCUCUGGAAAUAUACCGGUUGUUCGCAUAUCGACAAGGUAUCGAGAACCAAAUAUACACGUACACACCCAUCCAUAAACGCAUACACUUCACUGAGACGUGUCUUGUCCGUGUAGCUUAUUUAUCGAUUGUUAUCGAUUAGUAAUUCAUCUAUGUUUGUUUGCACAAGUAUAUUACCGGUAGCGGGUUGUUAUACUUCUUGUUUUCGAGGAAAUAUUAAGAAUGUUGUGCUUUUAAUUGUACGUUCGAGGGGAGUCAUGUGUUUGUGUGAUCUGCGCAUCAAUAGCUUCCCAUUUCCCAAAGCUCCAUUGUCUGUCCAGUGCUGCCUUUCUCAUCGACCCUCUUACCACUUUUCACCCAAGUCCCGGAAUCGACUGAUAGAAUUGAUAUCGAUUUAGUCGAUCACAAAUCCAUUGUUCACUUGCUACAUUUAUUUGUGUCAACCUUUGCCCCACUUCGGCCACCCUCUUUGUCCAUCGCUCGUCACUGUUCUUCAUUCUUUCCAUAGAUUUCUCUGAAAUGGGUAUCAACAGGAUUGUGUACAGUCACAGUGGUAGAUUAAAUGUAUAUGAAUGUGACAUAAUGUUUGUUACAAAUUUGGCGCUAUAUAUCGCGCUACUGCCUUUCCGUUGACAAUCUUAACGAUUCAAUUUGUGAUGCUAAUCUGUGCAGCAAAUCGUCAAGCUUGUCAAAAUAGCUAAAAUAGUUCACCGUGUAUAAUCUCAUCAUUGGGCUGGGGAUAUGCUCCUGUGUAAUACGAGGCGUAAAAAUCCGUGUCCAAAACUGCAUGGUACUGUUUGGCACCCUGAGUUUUUGACGUGGAACGUCAUCGGUUCGAUGUUUUUUAAAUUUUAAUUUGGUAAAGAUAGAGUUUUUCGUUUUUUAUUGUCGUUUCUCUAUUUCAUACUAAAUAUUGAUUUUUAUUGCUGAAUACUUCUUUUAUCACAAUUUGUUCACAUGCAUCAUGUGUAUAUUGUAUUUUACUUCAUUUUCGUUCACAAGAUAUCCCCGAGUUUGUGAUCUUUCGAAUGUGAAUGGUUGGAUACGCGUUUACACUCGUGUAGAUUUGAUACAUUUUUCUUUGUAAUGAAUGGUUACUUGACUCAA